GGAAUUGAUAUCUUGGAAUCGAGGUCGCUCCAUGGAGACAGUGACGUUUUCGAAACCUGCUACGGCCGGGAUAGAGCUGCGGUGGCACCUGUGGGCGGCGGUGGCCACGAAGAUAAUGGUGGUGCCAAGGAGGUACUUUGCGUGUUGGAGCGGCCUCGUGUGUUUCGUGCUUGGGUUUAUGUGUUCGACAGCUGGGAGAUCCGGCAUGCUUGCAGCCGUCACCACAUCCUCUUCGCAGAUAACACCGCCGACUAUCCUCGUCACUGGAGGGCUGGGUUUCAUUGGAAGUCAUGUCGUGGAGGAGCUCACGCAUCAUGGCUUCCACGUUGUGAUCUUCGACGACAUGAGCAACGGACGGAAUUUUGACGUCGCGCGAAAUGCGUCCGCUGUGCUGCUGAAGGAUGUCACGAAUGUCGACGAUCUCAAUGCAAUCACCAUGCCCAUCGACUACGUCGUGCAUCUUGCAGCGGCGAUCUCUGUCGUCGAGAGCAUCUCGUGGCCGGAGAAGUACCAUCGCACCAAUGUCGUUGGGUCUGACCACGUGCUGGCAUGGGCUUUGCGCCACCAUGUCAAGCGCUUCGUGGCAGCCUCCACGUCUUCCAUAUACGGCGACGUGACCUCGGCCGACUUGCCCCUCGAGGAAGGAUCUGCAUCCGGCGGCAUUUCCCCAUACGCAACGUCGAAAUUCGAGAUGGAGCGUCUUUUGGAAGCUUAUGCCAAGCAAGGACUACCCACGACAGCUCUGCGAAUUUUCAACGUGUACGGACCUCGACAGGACCCAACCUCGCCCUACAGUGGCGUGGUCUCGUACUUCAUGGACCAAGCCAUGCGUGGCGCGGAUGGGCGCUUGAUCAUCACGGGCGAUGGCGAUCAGUCACGUGACUUUAUCUUCGUCAAGGACGUAGCCGUCGCCGUCCGACUGGCAGUGGAGAGUUCCCUGCCACAGUUUGAAGCGUUCAAUGUGUGCACUGGAGUGAAAACGACAAUCAACAUGCUGGUGGCGGAAGUGCUGGCCACGUGCAAAUCGGCCGCAACAAUCGAAUAUGGCCCGACAAGGCCCGCCGAUGUCCGCGAAUCUGUGUGCGACCCACGAAAGGCGCGGGAGAAGCUCGGGUUCGAGGCGCAAUAUGCAUUUGCCGAAGGGAUUUCCGCAACAUGGCAGUGGUUUAAAUCGAUAAACAUGAGGGACAUAGUGUAGAAGGGUGUACGAAUGGACUCUAGCUAAACCCGCCUUGGUCCUUCGUGUUCCCAGUAAGACGGCGGAAGAGAAGCGCCAACUCGUCAAACUCGAUCGAGAGAUCGUCAAGGCAGUUACCGAGUGCUUGGAUCGGGGACGAGUUGUUGUUGGUCUGAAUGCGGAUCUUGACGUCGUUCACGAGUGGAUGCGGGUGCUGGUACCCUGCAAACGUGACGUUCUUGUCACGAAGCAGCUGCAUUCGAAUGAGGUUUGCAACUGUGUGGUCUUCUCGCAAGAUCGUAAAUUGACCAGCGUUGCUGAUGCGCGUGUCCUUUUCAUACACAACCUUGGCCGCCCCUUCAGGGACGAUGUACGCAUCGCUUCGACUUGGGGCGUUCAUGAGGAUUGCACAGAAUGGAGGGGAGGAAACCC